AUGUUGUGGCUGCUCUUUUUUCUAGUAACUGCUAUUCGUGCCGAUCUCUGUCAACCAGAUGCAGAAAAUGCUUUUAAAGUGAGACUUAGUAUCAGAACAGCCCUGGGAGAUAAAGCAUAUGCUUGGGAUACAAAUGAAGAGUAUCUCUUCAAGGCAAUGGUGGCUUUCUCCAUGAGAAAAGUUCCCAACAGAGAAACAACUGAAAUUUCCCACGUCCUGCUUUGCAAUGUAACGCAGCGGGUGUCGUUCUGGUUUGUAGUUACUGAUCCUUCAAGAAAUCACACCCUUCCUGCUGUUGAGGUACAGUCAGCCAUCAGGAUGAAUAGAAACCGGAUCAACAAUGCCUUCUUUUUGAAUGACCAGACUCUGGAAUUUUUAAGAAUUCCUUCCACUCUUGCACCACCUCCUGACCCAUCUGUGCCCAUCUGGAUUAUUAUAUUUGGUGUGAUAUUCUGCAUCGUCCUUGUGGCAACCAUGCUAUUGAUUUUAUCAGGAAUCCAGCAACAUAGAAGGAAAAACAAAGGACCAUCUGAAAUGGAAGACAUUGAAGAUAAGUGUGAAAACGUGAUCACGAUUGAAAAUGGCAUCCGCUGUGAUCCCCUGGACAUGAAAGGAGGGCACAUUAACGAUGCUUUUGUGACAGAAGAUGAGCGGCUCACCCCUCUCUGAAGGGCUACUGUUUUACCCUCCCCCCGAAACUCAACACUUGUGUCUGUGCAACUGCUGAACAUCACAGUUUAUCAAGGCAAGACUAUGUAUUUUGUUUUCAUCAUUCUUCUUUUGUAAGAAUUUUGAAUGUGCAUGAAAUGAAAAGGCAAUGAAUUAUACCCAUGAAGACCAUUGGAAUCAUAAGCUGCUGACUAUUCAAAAUAUUCUAGAAUAAUUCCCUGACAACACAGUGUAUAAGUGUAGUCAUGUGGCAUUUGCAGUUAUUGAUUUUAAAAAUAUAUUAGUAUUUAAGCAUUUCUAGUCAUAAGGUCAGGCCAGCAUAUAUCACACUUUUGAAGAUCUAAGAAAAAAAUAUUUUUCCAGUGGAGAAUGCCUAUAAUAUGGUGUCUAAAUCAUUGAAAGUAGAUCCUUUUAAAUGUCAUAUCACUCUGUAUAUGACUAGAUAAGGAAAAAUAACAAUUACUGUAAACUAGAUGGAUAAAAAUGGGAGUGUUGAAAUAUAAGGUGGAACUUGAUCCUGUUAUCAUAUCAACAGUUGCUUAUAUUUUUUCUGUCAGUCUCUAAUAG